CUGACCGGACUGAAUUCGAUACGAGAGCGCGUAUUAUAUUAAUUUAGUUCAAUAGCGUUUGUGAAUUUUCUCGGAGGCACAUCUAAUCAAGUUUCUAAAUUACGCGAGUAAUUCCAUUUCAGUCUUUCUUCUCCUCUUACUAUCAAUUUAUAAGUUUAUUUUUUCAACGUGGAAAUGGGUUCUCACUUUGAGUGACGCGCAAUCAUCGAAAGUGUCAAACUUGAUUACCCUCUUGUGAUCGUGCUUCGUUAUUCGAAAACGUGCAAUCGUAAUUGUGAAGCGAGACGUGUCGUACGUAAGCAAGCUAAUGUCGUACAGACAUAAGAAUUGUUCAUUAAAUGCUAAUUUAGACAAUCCAUCAUCCGGCUCAGACUUCACAGCACGACGUCUACUUUAAGCUGUGACAUACUCAUACAUUAUGCAUUGGUAUGAGGUAUCUAAAAUCAAUGGGGUGGACAAGGCGUACGAUGCUUAGGGAUGCUUGGACGAACGACGGUGGGAAAGGCUGGUGGCGAUGGUGGUCCAGGUUGGGCGGAUUGCUGGCGAUGGCGGCGGCUAUAUCCUGUCUCGUUGCCUCGUUUCCGGGUGCCUCGGCCAAUCCGGAAGCGAAGCGUCUCUACGAUGACCUGCUGUCGAACUACAACCGCCUCAUCCGCCCUGUUGGAAACAACAGUGAUCGUCUCACUGUCAAAAUGGGACUACGCCUCUCCCAGCUCAUCGACGUUAACUUGAAGAACCAAAUCAUGACGACAAAUGUUUGGGUGGAACAAGAGUGGAACGACUACAAGCUAAAGUGGAAUCCAGACGACUAUGGCGGUGUUGACACCCUUCAUGUACCAUCAGAACACAUAUGGCUGCCGGAUAUUGUUCUUUACAACAAUGCCGAUGGGAAUUACGAGGUGACCAUCAUGACCAAAGCCAUCUUGCACCACACCGGGAAAGUCGUUUGGAAGCCACCGGCGAUCUAUAAAUCAUUUUGCGAGAUCGACGUGGAGUACUUCCCCUUCGACCAGCAGACAUGCGUUAUGAAAUUUGGUUCGUGGACUUAUGACGGUUACACGGUCGACCUGCGGCAUCUCGCCCAGACCGAGGACUCGAAUGAGAUCGAAGUUGGGAUCGACCUGACCGACUAUUAUAUCUCCGUCGAGUGGGAUAUAAUAAAAGUGCCUGCCACGAGAAACGAGGCGUACUACAUAUGCUGCGAGGAGCCCUACCCCGACAUCGUGUUCAACAUCACCCUACGCCGCAAGACCCUCUUCUACACGGUGAACCUGAUAAUACCGUGCGUGGGCAUAUCCUUUCUGUCGGUGCUGGUGUUCUACCUGCCAAGCGACAGCGGCGAGAAGGUCUCCCUGUCGAUCUCGAUACUCCUCUCGUUGACGGUGUUCUUUCUGCUGUUGGCCGAGAUAAUACCGCCCACGUCGCUGACGGUGCCGCUGUUGGGCAAGUACCUGCUCUUCACGAUGGUACUGGUGACGCUGUCGGUAGUCGUCACGAUCGCCGUGCUGAACGUGAACUUCCGCUCGCCCGUCACCCACCGUAUGGCCAGGUGGGUGCGGGUGGUAUUCAUCCAGGUGCUGCCGCGGUUCCUCCUAAUCCAACGACCGAAGAAGGACGACGACGACGAUGAGGAGGAGAACGGCAGGGACGCCACCGGCAUCAGCAACGGCGGCGAGAUCGAUAACGACGGCGUCGACGACGACGAGGACGACGACGAGGACGAUAUCGAGACGGCGAACGGCAAGCCACCCGAGGGCAUCCUUACCGAUGUGUUCCAUGUACAAGAGACUGAUAAGUACGAUCCGUACUACGGCAAGCGGUUCAGCGGGGAGUACGAGGUGCCGCCGCACGGCCUGCCGCCGCCGCCGCCGCACGGCCUGCCGCCGCCACCGCCGCCGACCAGGCAUGACCGCGGCGCCGUCGGCACCGUCGGGCCCUGCUUCAGGGAGCCACUACCCUCGCUGCCAUUGCCCGGGGCGGACGACGACCUCUUCGGCCCGGCUAGUCCUGGCUAUCCUCAUGAGGACGUCAGCCCUACGUUCGAGAAACCAUUGGUACGCGAGAUCGAGAAGACCAUCGACGACGCCCGCUUCAUCGCCCAGCACGCCAAGAACAAGGACAAAUUCGAGAGUGUCGAGGAGGACUGGAAGUACGUAGGGAUGGUGCUCGACCGGAUCUUCCUGUGGGUGUUCACGUUGGCCUGCGUGAUCGGCACAAUGCUGAUCAUCCUGCAGGCGCCGAGCCUCUACGACACCACGAAGCCAAUUGACAUCAAGUACAGCAAGAUCGCCAAGAAGAAGAUGAUGUUGUUGAACAUGGCCAUCGAGGAAGACUAGUCGACGAUCCCGCGCGGCUUCGUGCCGCGUCCACCGUUGUGGUUGGCUCAUCGUCGUCGGCGUCGACGGCAUCGUUCGCGUCGUCAUCAUCGCUGCCGUCGCCGUCGUCGUCGUCGGCGUCGUCGUCGUCGUCGUCGUCGUCGGAGACGCCGCUGUCGUCCCCGUCGCCGACAUUGUCGUUGUCGUUGUUGCUGUCACUGUCGUCAUUGUCAUUGUUGUCGUCGCUGUCAUCGCUGUCGUCGCUGUCGUCGUUGUCGCCGACGAUGUCGAUGCCGUUCACCGCGGCCGCCCAUCAUCGAAACUGCCGAUUUUCGCGUCGACGUGGAAGAGACCCUCUCUCGAUCGCUGGUGCUAAAAACAUGUGGUCCCGGGUAACUACUCCGUGGAUGGACGCACGAUGACGAGAAGGAGGAUGCGAUACCAGCGGGUGACGGUUAAAUCCGCGGAGUAGGAUAUACAUUCCCCUCCUCGAAGAGGCGGAUCUGUUGAACUCUAAUCCGACCACCCUUCAGGAUGGAGAUAAGGGCGUGCGACCGCAUGUACACGAGAGUAAGAGCUUGCGCGAGGAAGCGAAAUAGUGAGGUAGAGCGAGCGUGUGUUGUGUCGUGUAUGCGUGUGUCGUAUACAUGUGGAAAAAACAAGGGGUUGAGUAUGGAAGAGAGGAUGAAAGAAAGAGAGAGAGAAAGAAAUAGGGAGAGAGAGAGAGAGAGAGAGAGAGAGAGAGAGAGAGAGAGAGAGAGAAUGGGAGGGAGAGAAAGAAUGAAAGAAAGAGCGAAAGACAGGACGAGCAAGAGAAGCUGAGGAGAAUGAUGAGAGGGAAGAGGAGAAGGAGGAGGAGAAGGAGGAAGAGAAGGAGAAGGAGGUAGGGCGAGAGAGAGGUGAAAAAGUGCCAAAUACGCGAAAAACACGCGCAUCUGUAUUUUUGUAAAUCUGGUUUCAUACGUAAGGCUAGAGUCGUGCGGCGAGACGUCGAACUGCCCGAACUGCCGUUUUAUAUAAGAAGACGUUUACAGAGCGCGAGGAAAUGCGUAACACCGAGAUACACGCAAUUCACACACUUAUACAUCCACACGUUCGGCAUGAUACAUAUACGUACAUGUACCAGCACCAAGUAUCAUCUACGUGGCAUACUUAUAUCGAUGUAACACACCUAUGGACACGCGCGUGUAUCUUUCGCGCGGCACAUACAUACCCCAUACACACACACACACACACACAUACACACCCGUAGACACGAACAAUGUGGAACAAAUUUCUCACGCGCGCGUUCGUGUUGAUACGGCGAGGGGGGGACAGUCUCUUUGUACACACAUAGUAGUAUAUCAAACGCGUGUCGAGCGUCCUCUCCGCACGCUUCUUUGAUACUUCCGCGUUCUCGCCUCGCCGAAGAUCCGACAACGGACCUCGAGUCGAGCUACGCGCCGAAUUAAAAAUGGUCCACUUGUGCAGCCGCGAGACGCCGCGAACAAGUCCUCGGGAAUCCGUCGACAAGGCCCAGUCGGCCAUAGUCGGGGUAGACGGUCCCGCGAUCGUCGCGCGCGUCAAAACUCAUCGAUCCACCGAUGAUGAUUCAAUCAUCGGCGCUCCUGCCACGGAUAUUGAUCGAUACUCGAUUCGGAUAUCGCUCAACGCCCUUAUCGACGCGAGAGCGAUCAUUCGAGUAAUUUACACGAGCGGCCAAUCAUAGAAGCAAAUUAUUCAGCCGAUCGAUUAUUCCGACGUAUCGAGUGGCUCGGACAGCGUUCGAGUACCUCUGACGAGAGCGCGGCAUGACCGCGGGAAUAAUUGAUUGGCAAAAUAAUUUGCGAAGCAUCCGCUCGUCGGCUUGUCCUAUAAUUCAUGUCGUAAUUAAUGACGGCUUGCGCGGAUGGGUUCGCACCCCGGGGUGUGUUCAUCUUCGCCGUGGACGCGCGUGUCCGGAAAUUCGGCGUAGGAAGAACCGAAAGUGACGCGAGAGGAAUAAUCAAAUCGAACAGCCACAACAACAAAUUUCUUAAGAACUACUGCCAUUUUUCCACGCGGUUUCUGUCUAAUUUAUCUAAUCGACUCGUCAAGGAAACGAUCUUAGUGUGUAGCGCGUUUGGGACUCGAACGGGGAUCGACAGAGGACGGAUGAAUAGAACGAACAUUGCCAAUAGACUUUGCAACGUGCCAAAAGGUGAUCUCGGCCCGUAAAUCAGCUCGCCCACGCGAGCCAAGAGCCCCACCGGUGGCCUGAUUGAACAAUUUCUUCGUCUCUUGUCCGGACUUCCGUCACUCUGUCAUUCUAAGAGAACUGAUCGGAAAUCUUGCGAUUAUCAUUACACAUGUUGUCAUGGUGAGUGUAACAUUUUUAUCACUAAAAUAAGAUCGGAAACACACACAGGACAACUUGAGCAGUAAGCAAAUUUAUCAACCACAGUCGAUCCUUCUCCUUACAGUCCAAGAACAAUCGAUUGUAAUUUUCUUACUGCUUAGGUCUUACUGCUUAGGUUUUUCUGUGUGCCACGACACUAACAACUGGUCGCACGACAACGGCUCGCAAUUGCUCGAGCAAGUAAGUCGUGCGCAAAUUUGAACACAGGAAACCCUCGUUGGUACGCGAUGUGCAAUAAUAAUUGUAUAUCUAUCAAUAAUCAGGAACGAGACUCAAAGGAGCGACAUGACCGUCAAUCAGACAGACACAGACUCUCGUCUUAUUCGUAUAAAGAUUCUGCAAUCGAGCGCACGGCUCGAAGUUCGUGCUUUGGUGCAACAUAAUUUCAUUACACAAUAUAUUUACGUCAUCGAAUUUCGUAGUUUUUCAAGAUUUAUUAUAAAUUCAUUUACUUUACAUUUAUUAAUUAAGAUUACAGAAGAUGGUAGUAUAUGCUUUGUUUUCCUGCAUUUUUAUCUCACAUGGAUUCUAAUAAUACUCAAAAUUUCUAUAACAUACAUAUGUCACUGAAAAUUGAAGGCUGCACAUACGAAAUCACUUUCUUUUUACUCCACGAUCUCCUAUCUGACUGAUCGUGAGUCAGUGCACUUUAUAUUAUACUGGAAAAACGAGAGAGAGGAAGGAGGGAGAGAGAGAGAGAGAACUCCAAUACUUUACGACCAGGCAGAGAGAAAAGCAGAGAGCUAAAGCCAUAUCUGUCUUUAUCUAAUAGAUCUUGAUUGGAAUAAUCCUUUUUGCAAACCUCAGCUUUACCAACAUCAAAUGCAGAACUUACUAUAACAUAUAUUUAUGUUUGAUGUGUCCUCGAACAUAGCCAACGUUUUCAGUAUAAAGAAAAAAGAAUAAGUUAGUUACAUUUUUCCUUCUCUCUUGUCCCAUCUUUGUCCAUUUGUGCAAGCCCUCCAGUAUGGUACAGAGUUUACUGGUCAUAGUUCACCGUUCGUUACUUCUUUGGCUUUUUCUGUUUGAUCUCGGCGCCGACCGGGAGACACCGCGUAGUAAUUUCGUCUCUUCCGGCUGUACUGUAGGUACUACCGAUCGAUACAGACUGCAUAGUUACGGAGGAAAAAAAGGAAGUCGACGCGAAACGAAUGAGAGAAAGAGAGAGAGAGAGAGAGAGAGAG